GCUAGCAAACAUAACGAAGAAAUCUUUGUGACGAGGACCCUCAACGACCCGCUGUCAGACCUGUCAUCACGCCGCUCAGCCGUUAACCGACAACUCACAAUGCAUUCCUGUGUGUCUUAGCCGCCGCAUUCAACCUUUCAGUCACCAUGAAAACAAGAUUCACCACCAUGGAUAUCAGGGCAGUCAUUGCCGAGAUCAAUGCUAACUACAUUGGCAUGAGAGUAAACAACGUGUAUGACAUCGACACCAAGACGUAUCUCAUCCGUCUGCAAAAGCCUGACUGCAAAGCUAUUCUCCUGAUUGAGUCUGGGACUCGUAUUCACUCCACAGACUUUGAAUGGCCCAAGAACAUGAUGCCUUCAGGCUUUGCAAUGAAAUGUCGAAAACACCUGAAGUCACGGCGGUUGACCCAGAUUAAGCAGCUCGGGAUUGACCGGAUUGUUGACCUCCAGUUUGGCUCAGAUGAGGCUGCCUACCACUUGAUAGUGGAACUGUAUGACAGGGGUAACGUCAUUCUUGCAGACCACGAGUACACCAUCCUGAACCUGCUGCGGUUUCGUACAGCGGAGGUAGAUGAUGUGAAGAUUGCUGUCAGAGAGCGGUACCCUGUGGAAAACGCCCGACCCCCUGAACCUCUCAUCAGUUUAGAGCGACUCACUGAAAUCCUCAGUAAAGCACACAAUGGAGACCAAGUGAAAAAGGUCCUGAACCCUCACCUUCCCUAUGGAGCCACUCUGAUAGAACACAGCUUGAUAGAGGUGGGACUGUCAGCCUCGGUCAAAGUUGACAACCAAGUUGAUGCUGCUCAAGUUGCACCUAAAAUCCUGGAAGCCCUGCAGACUGCAGAAACCUAUAUGGAAAAAACGGAGAACUUCAGUGGCAAAGGCUUCAUCAUUCAAAAGAGUGAGAAGAAACCAAGCUUAACUCCUGGCAAACCCAUCGAAGAACUGCUAACAUAUGAUGAAUUCCACCCAUUCCUCUUUUCCCAGCAUGCAAAGAGCCCCUAUUUGGAGUUUGAUACUUUUGACAAGGCAGUAGAUGAGUUCUUUUCUAAAAUGGAGAGUCAGAGGAUUGACAUGAAGGCGUUGCAGCAGGAGAAACAGGCUAUGAAGAAGUUGGAAAAUGUUAAGAAGGACCACGUGCAGAGAUUGGAGGCCUUGCACCAAGUACAGGAGGUGGACAGAAUAAAGGGUGAACUGGUGGAGAUGAACCUGCCUGUGGUAGAGAGGGCGCUGCAGGUGGUGCGCAGUGCACUGGCCAAUCAGGUGGACUGGAGUGAGAUCGGCAUUAUCGUCAAGGAGGCACAAGAUGCUGGAGACCCAGUGGCCUGCGCCAUCAAGGACCUGAAGCUGCAGACCAACCACAUCACCAUGCUUUUAAAGAAUCCAUAUAUUUCUGAGGAAGACCAGGAAGAUGAAGUGAAAAAAGAUGUGGUGGAGGAGAAAGGGAAGAAAAACAAAAACAAAGACAAAGGACAGCACAAGAAGUUGCAAGGGAACAAGCCUACGUUAGUGGAUGUGGAUCUUGGCCUGUCGGCUUAUGCCAAUGCCAAAAAGUACUAUGACUUCAAACGCACUGCUGAAAAGAAGGAACAUAAAACCAUUGAAGCAGCAGAUAAGGCUAUGAAAUCUGCAGAGAGAAAAACACAGAAAACACUGAAGGAGGUUCAGACGGUCACCACCAUCCAGAAGGCCAGGAAAGUCUACUGGUUUGAGAAGUUCCUGUGGUUCAUCAGCUCGGAGAAUUAUCUCGUCAUCGCUGGAAGAGAUCAGCAGCAGAACGAGAUGAUCGUCAAACGCUACCUCCGGGCAGGAGAUGUCUAUGUCCAUGCUGACCUCCAUGGAGCGACUAGCUGUGUCAUUAAAAACCCCUCAGUUUACCCGAUCCCUCCUCGUACCCUGACAGAAGCUGGCACUAUGUCUGUGUGCUACAGUGCUGCUUGGGACGCCAAGAUCGUCACCAGCGCUUGGUGGGUUCAUCAUCACCAGGUGUCUAAGACGGCUCCCACUGGAGAGUACCUGACCACUGGAAGUUUCAUGAUCAGAGGAAAGAAAAACUUUCUGCCGCCUUCUUACUUAAUUAUGGGCUUCGGAUUCCUCUUCAAGGUCGAUGAGGAGAGUGUGUCUCGGCACCGAGGCGAGAGGAAGGUGAAGACUGUAGAGGAGGACAUGGAGGACGUCACAUCCAAAGCUGCCGAGCUGUUGGAGGAGGGAGAGGAGCUGAUCGGUGAUGACAGCAGUAAUGAGGAUGAGGACGGGGAUGGAGAGAUGGAAAAGAAGAUUAAAAAGGUGGUUGGGAGGGAUGACGGUGCGAGUGUAGAACUGUCCGCUGUUCCUGAGGAGGAGAACAUGGAGGCAGAGGAAGAGGAGGGUGGAGACGAAGACAGCGUGGAGGAAAAGGAGAUGGAAAGCGAAGAAUUUAGCUUUCCAGAUACGACCAUCUCCCUUUCUCAUUUACAGCCCAGCAGAAAUACUCAGAACCCUGGUUUCAAGAAGGAAGUGACCGCUCAGGUGGACGUAGACUCGCAGGGGAGGAAACGCAUGACUGCCAAGCAGAGAAGAGAAGAGAAGAAGAAGAAGCAAGGUUGUGACACUGAGGAGAAGACUGACAUUGUAUCUGCUGGAUCAGCAGUUGAUCAGGGGUCCAGAGGUGGAGGAGGAGGUGGUGGAGGAAGUGGAGGUGUAGGAGGAGGAGGUGUAGUAGGAGGAGGUGGUGUAGUAGGAGGAAGUGGAGGAGGAGGAGGAGGUCCCUCCCAGCAGCCACCCAAGAGAGGCCAAAGGAACAAGUUGAAGAAGAUCAAAGAGAAGUACAAAGACCAGGAUGAAGAGGACAGGGAGCUGAUGAUGCAGCUGCUCGGGUCAGCUGGGUCCGCUAAAGAGGAGAAGGAUAAGGGGAAAAAAGGAAAGAAGGGGAAGGGGAAAGAUGACCACGUCAGGAAACCACCCCUUCAGAAACCCCCCCAGAAACCUCGUACUGUGGAGGCUGCACCGAACAAAACGGAGACGGGAGGAGGGGAGGGUGAAGAGGAGAGACAGCCUGGAGAGGAGGGAGGGCCUGCUGAACAGGAGGACAAGGAAGAUGAGGUGGACCAGGACAAUCCCGGAGCAGAGGAAGUAGAGAAUCUGCUCACCUCUCUGUCGGGCCAGCCUCAUCCUGAAGAUGUGCUGUUGUUUGCGGUGCCAGUCUGCGCUCCAUACACCGCCCUGUCCAACUACAAACACAAGGUGAAACUGACACCAGGUGCUCAGAAGAAAGGAAAAGCUGCACGCACUGCAGUUCUCAGCUUCACGAAAGCCAGAGAUGCCUCAACCAGAGAGAAAGACCUGUUCCGUAGUGUCAAGGACACUGAUCUAUCCAGAAACAUGCCGGGCAAAGUUAAAGUGUCUGCUCCAAACCUGCUGGCUGCCAAGAAGAAAUGAGAGCCACGGGACUCUGCCCACUUCGUCUACAUUUCAAGCAUAAUCAUUACAGGACAUCAAUCAUUGUUUCUGUCCAUCAACAAUUUGUUUUAAAUGAAAACAUGUAAAUUAACAAAGCUGAACAGAACACAACUUAUGGUAUGUGUUUAUUCUUGGGAGUACGAAGUAACAAUAUGCAUUGUAUUCUACAAUAAAAAUCAUCAAGGGAA